UGCUCGAAAGUGUUCGUAGUUCUCAGUUGUACACGCUGCUGGUUCGCUUUGUGUUCGACGAUCGUUUCUCUCGAGGGUUUCCCGGAGGCGCAGCGUUGUCGCGCGCGGACGGUGUUCUCUGGUUCGCCAGCCGUGAGCAAGCCUAUUUAUCACAAGGCUCCAAAAGGACGUCGAAUAUCGUGGCAGGAUGAGCGUCGACGCGUACGGGCCUAGCAGUCAGACCCUUACGUUCCUUGACCCGGAGGAAGCGGAUCUGAUCGGUGCGGACACUCAGGGCAGCGAAUUUGACUUCACCGAUUUCACAUUACCAUCACCGAGUCAAACUCAGGCUUCGCAGCACGAUGUUGUUCAAAGUCAGCCAAGCCAGCCCGUGCAGGUUAAUGGAACAAGCGGUGGCUCUUCCUUGGAGUUGAAGAUUUCUGGAGCUGCACAGAGUCUUGCUGAACUACAGUUUGAAGAGGAGGAAGAGGAAGCAUACUAUAACCGUGAUUUACCAGAGCAUGCAUGUAAAUAUUGUGGAAUUCACGAAGCAUCGUGUGUUGUUAUGUGUAAUGUCUGCAGAAAAUGGUUUUGUAAUGGUCGUGGAAAUACAUCUGGAUCACAUAUCAUCAAUCAUCUUGUCAGAGCUAAACAUAAGGAAGUUACUCUCCACAGGGAUGGACCCCUGGGAGAAACAAUUCUGGAAUGUUACUCUUGUGCUGUCAGAAAUGUCUUUGUUCUUGGCUUCAUACCUGCAAAGGCAGACUCUGUUGUUGUGUUACUAUGCCGGCAACCAUGUGCAGCUCAAAGUUCCCUGAAGGACAUGAAUUGGGACCAAGAACAAUGGAAGCCUUUAAUAGAGGACCGCAGCUUUCUUGCGUGGCUGGUGAAAAUUCCAUCGGAACAGGAACAGUUACGAGCUCGACAAAUUUCUGCCCAACAAAUUAAUAAAUUGGAAGAAUUGUGGCGUGAUAACGUUGACGCAACCUUUCAAGAUUUAGAAAAACCCGGAGUGGACGAAGAACCGCAACAGGUGCUGUUGCGGUACGAAGAUGGAUACCAAUAUCAGAAUAUAUUUGGACCUCUGGUAAAGCUCGAAGCGGAUUACGAUAAACGUUUGAAGGAGUCCCAAACUCAAGAGAACAUCGAAGUUCGAUGGGACGUUGGUUUAAAUAAGAAAACAAUAGCGUACUUUAUGCUGGCUAAAACUGACGGCGAUAUGAAGUUGAUGCACGGUGAUGAGUUAAGACUUCGCUACUUGGGUGAGCUUCAUAAACCUUGGUCAGGCAUUGGGCAUGUGAUCAAAAUACCGGACAACUACGGCGAAGAAGUUGGCAUAGAGUUGAAGAAUAAUUCCGGCGCUCCAACGGAAUGUAUCAGCAACUUUGUUGUCGACUUUAUCUGGAAAAGUACUAGUUUCGAUCGCAUGCAAUUAGCAUUACGGAAGUUUGCUGUGGAUGACUCGUCCGUGUCCGCUUACAUAUACCACAGAUUAUUGGGGCACGAAGUAGAGGAGGUCCUGUUCCGUUGUCACUUACCGAAGCACUUUAGCGCACCUAAUUUACCGGACUUGAAUCGAUCUCAAGUAUACGCUGUUAAACACGCUGUCCAGAGGCCAUUGUCUUUGAUCCAAGGACCACCUGGUACAGGAAAAACCGUAACCAGCGCAACGAUAGUCUACCAAUUAGUUAAACAAAAUGGCGGACCUGUACUAGUAUGCGCGCCUUCCAAUACAGCCGUGGACCAACUUACAGAGAAGAUACACAAAUCGAACUUGAAAGUGGUACGGCUUUGCGCAAAAUCAAGAGAAGCAAUCGACUCGCCAGUAAGCUUUCUCGCGCUUCACAAUCAGAUCAAGAAUAUGGAAACGAACACCGAGUUGCAGAAGUUACAGCAACUGAAGGACGAAACCGGAGAACUGUCCAGCGUGGAUGAAAAACGCUACAGACUAUUGAAGAAAGCAGCCGAAAAGGAACUAUUGGAAGCAGCUGACGUGAUUUGCUGUACUUGCGUUGGAGCAGGUGACCCAAGGUUGCAUAGGCUGAAGUUCCAUUCGAUCCUUAUCGACGAGAGUAUGCAGGCAACAGAACCUGAAUGUAUGGUACCAGUCGUUCUUGGUGCAAAGCAGCUGAUUCUUGUCGGCGAUCAUUGCCAAUUAGGACCUGUAGUUAUGUGCAAAAAGGCCGCCAGAGCAGGUUUGUCGCAGUCUCUGUUUGAGAGAUUAGUCGUCCUCGGAAUCAGACCUUUCCGUUUAGAGGUGCAGUAUCGUAUGCACCCGGAUUUGUCGCGUUUUCCAUCGAACUUCUUCUACGAGGGUUCUCUGCAAAAUGGUGUAUGUGCUGACGAAAGGAAGUUGCUGAAGAUCGACUUCCCUUGGCCUGCACCCGACAAACCAAUGUUCUUUUAUGUUACCCAAGGACAAGAAGAAAUUGCUGGCAGCGGUACGUCUUAUCUGAAUCGAACCGAAGCGUCGAACGUUGAGAAAAUAGCCACGCGUUUCUUACGCUGUGGCGUUAAACCCGAACAGAUCGGUGUAAUAACUCCGUACGAAGGGCAGAGAGCUUAUCUGGUACAGUACAUGCAAUACCAAGGAUCGUUGCACUCGAAGCUUUAUCAAGAGAUAGAGGUGGCCAGCGUGGACGCGUUCCAGGGCCGCGAAAAGGACAUAAUAAUUAUGUCCUGCGUUAGAUCGAACGAGCACCAAGGCAUUGGAUUCUUGAACGAUCCGAGACGUUUGAACGUCGCGUUGACGCGUGCCAAGUACGGAAUUAUAAUUGUAGGAAAUCCGAAAGUCUUGUCGAAGCAACCACUGUGGAAUCACUUGCUCAGUUUUUACAAAGAACAGAAAGUCCUCGUCGAGGGACCGUUGAACAAUCUCAAGGAAUCCAUGAUCCAGUUCGCUAAACCAAAGAAACUCGUUAACGCCGCUAAUCCAGGAUCACACUUCAUGUCCACGUCUAUGUACGACGCAAGGGAGGCUCUGAUUCCGGGAUCGGUCUACGAUAGGUCCGGCACCCAAGUGAAUGGAACGCAAAAUCAUAAUCCUUAUUACCAGAGGAACGUACCGUUGGAUAUAUUCAGUAGGACCCACGACACUAUUAGUUACAUCAGUCCAGAGAGGGCGCAGGCAGCGAUGAACAACGUGCCGGUCCCAGUGGGGAUGUUCAUGAACAUGGCUCACGUGCCUCCACGCUUCUACAAUCAGCAUCAACAGGCGCUUCAAGCCAGACAAAAUCAACGCAAUCGUCGGGGAACUGCUUUGUCCAAGAACAAACAGGGACCGCGAAUGGGCAAGCUGAGUCAAACGGAACAGAACAACACCCAACCGUACAGUCAGCCAGGUCUGCCAUUGACUCAGGGUACCACGCAGGGCAUGUCUCAGCCAGGUUUCAGCCUCUCGCAGCCUGGCUUGAGCCAAGCGGAGCUGUCGCAGGAUUCGUUCGCAGUUGGUGAAUUCCAGUCGCAGAUGGACGGUCUGUUGUCGCAGGACUCGACCUACCAAGGUGAUCGAAGUGGUUUCUAUCAGUCUGGACAGUCACAAGCCGGGGGACAGUUCUCCCAGCCAUACUGAGCCGAGACCGUACGGCUGAGCAACGCAAUUGCUAUGCAGCGUCGCGGGAGCGACUGAAGGCUCGUUCGACAAAUUCUUCUUGGACCAACAACCACAAAUCACUAACUGCGCAAAACGGUAAAACGGCUCGAGGCGAUCGAGUACGGUUAUAAUGUACGCAGUCGUCG